AUGGGCGCCGCUAAUCCCGCCGCCGAGGCGGAUUCGCAGUCCGCCAAUGGCGCGGGCGCUAUGGAUUUCGACUGCGCGCCGAGCAGCGCAGCUGCGCCGCACUUGCCGCAACCAGCACCCGCGGUCUCGUCGCCCGGCGCAUCGCAUUGCGCUCCGCCAGUCGCCGGGUCCGCGGUAAGCACGCGGCAGGCGCAAUCUUCGCUGUACGCGCGGCGGCAGGCGCGGCUGGCGGGUGGCGGAGAGAGCAGCGCGGAGCUGAGGCGCACGCGGAGCCUGGACGUGGAGCGCGCGCAGGUGGUGACGAUAAGGGGAGCGGAGGGCGGCGGCGGGAAUGGCGCGGGCGUGCAGGGCUUGGGAUGGACCACGACUGGAACCGCCGCGGCGCUGGCAGCGGCGCAUGGCGUAGGGGUUGGGGGAGAGGCGGGCGGUAAUGGCGAGGCGAGCAAGGCGUGCAGGGACAAAGGCGCAAGUGCAAGCUCCAGCCGAGGCAACCCUCUCGCCGACUCGCCUUUCCUCUCGCGCCUAUGCCGCGGUCGCCCCCCCGCGCCCUCCCCACUCUCCUCCCUCGCCCCCCGCCGCACCUCCUCCUUGACCGCCUCGCUCCUCUCCCCGCUCGCCUUACCCUCCGCGCCGACCCCUCCGCCACUCCCCCAUCCUCCCAACCUCCCCCCUCAUCCCCCCCAACAAUUGUGCUCGUCUUGGGAAGCGGGUGGGGAAAGGGCGGGGGCGCGGGAGCGGGGGGCGCACGAGAGCGCAGUGGCGGAGGCAGCGGCGGCAGUGGCGGCAGCAGCGAGCUCCAUUGCCGCCGCGCUCGAGCAGGGGGGCGCGGGGAUGGGCGCGGGUAGGCGGGCGGUGGGGCAGGGCAGAGCAGGGGGGAAAGCCGUUAGCGGGGGGGUUGAGGGUGGGGCACUGGCGGGGGAGAUGGAGGGCAUUUGGCGGGCGGUGCAGCAGCAGCUGCAGGCGCAGUCGCAGGGGGGAUCGGAGGGGGGAGCAGCGGGCGCGCAGCAGGGGGUGAUGGCGGUUGAAGAAUCAGGGAUGGGGGUAGACGGUAACAUGAGAGGCGCUGUGAGGGGAGGGGGAAGCAGAGGUGGGGGGGGACGCAGACUGCUGAAGGCUUCGAGUGUGGGCAGGGAGAGGGGGAGAGCGGAGGGAGUGGAGGGCGCGGCGUGGAACGUGGUGUGGCAAGCAUUGGACGGUAGCGGGGAGGGGGGAGGGGAGGCAGCAGCAGAGGGGGUAGGGGAGGCGACGGCAGGGCAGAGCAGUGGGGGAGAGCGGUUGAGUGUGGAGGAGGAGGGGAAAGAUUGGGAGGAGAGGGAGAGGGAGCAGGCGCGGAGGAAACUGCUGGGAAGGGGAGUGAGGCAGCUGACUCGCACCAAUAGCUGCCCGCCCUCGGUGCACCGCGCUCAGGCUGUGGAUGUGGGUGCUGACGAGGCCAUGGCAUGUCGCAAGCGACGUCGACUGCCGGCUGACACGCACGGCACCGUGCCAUGGCCGCAUGCCCAGCCAUCGACCUCCACCUUUUCUGCUGCUGCCGCCCCCUUCUCCGCCUCACAUGCUGCUCCCGCUACCGCCGCCACCGCCGCCGCUGCUGCCGGCAGUGCUGGUGGUGGGGGCGGGCAGGGGCAGUGGUGCAAGCAGGAGAGCGAGGGGGAGGACGGGGAGUGUGGGAGCGCCAUUGGGGCAGAGCAGAGCAUGGGGAUGGGGAUGGAAAGGCAGGGUAGCUGGGGGGGAGAGGAGGCGUGGAGUGCGGGAGUGGGGCAUGGUCGAGCGAGGAGAGGGCAGGCCACGGACAGCCAUAGCAUUGCCGAGCGGGUGCGGAGGGAGAAGAUAUCGGAGCGCAUGAGUGUGCUGCAGAGCCUUGUGCCCACGUGCGCUAAGGUGACGGGCAAGGCCAUGAUACUGGACGAGAUCAUCAACUAUGUGCGCUCACUGCAGCUGCAGGUCGAGCUGCUAUCGAGCAAGCUGUCAGCCAUGGAGUACGACCUCAUGCCUGAGGAUGACCUGCUGCCCGACGCUGACCUCUUCCAGGUGCUGCCAGCCCCCCUCACACCAUGCCGUGUCAUCGCACCAGUCCUCGUGACAAUGUCAUGCACAAUUUUCAUUCCAAUCAGGUCACUAGAUACCUUGUUGCCAUACAUCGACUCCCGCCCCAUAAAACAAUCCUCCCCUUCCUCCCCUUUUCCCCGCCCCUCUUCCUCGUUCCUCAACACGCAUACUCCUCGCGUUCACUCUUUCCCACUCCCGCUUUCUCUUCCUACCCCCCUUCUUCCAUGUCCCUCCUGCCCCUCCUCUCCACUUCCUUCCCCCCUGCAGCUCACCCCAGAGCACCUGGUUGGCUUCCCCGCACCUUCCUACGCGCCCGCUGCAGGGCGCCCUGCACCCAGUGGGGGCGAGGGGAACCACGAGGGCGCAGGCAGUGGGGGAGAGGCGGAGGGGGGGCAGGGGAUGGGUGGUGGGGGCGUGUCGGGGGGCACGAGUGGAGGCGAGUGGGCAGUGGGGCAGGGAGGGGCGGUGGUGAAGCAGGAGCAGUGGGAGGAGGUGGGCAUGUUCCUCAGGGAUGAUGGGGGCCCGGGAGAAGAGCACGGCAAUGGCUCUGCUGCUUGCAAGUGGGAGGCGGAGGAGUCUGACGUGGCAGACAGUGGCGGGGUGGUGGGAGGAGAGGGUGUGAGCAGGAAGGGCGCGGAUGCGCAGGCAGAGGGUACGAGGGGCAAGGGCGGAGUGGUGUGGAGUGGCAACGGCAGCGGCGCUUGCGGGGGUGCAAAUGGCACGUAUGAGGGCGCGGAUGUGUGUGAUGGUGGGAGGGCGUGUGAGUGGCCGGCCCUCUUUCCCACAGAUGCGGGUGUGGAGGCGGGUGUGGUGGGCGAUGGGGGGGUGGAUGCAUGGUGGAAGCACGGGCUGGAGGACACAGGGGGGGCGGGCGGGGGCGGAGUGGGGGCGGGGGAGGUGGAUGCGGAGCAGGCAGCGGAGAGCGAGGGGCUGAUGGACAUGCUGCUGUGCCACAUGAGUGGCGGCAUGCAGCACCUCUCACUGCACCCCCAUCCCCACACUGCCCCGCACACACACCCCCCAGCUCUCACUCCACCCGGCCCCCUUCACCCCAAUGGGCUGUAG